AUGCCGCUUCCGCCGCUGCCCAAUGGCCGGAAUGGCCCGCCUCCCAAUGGAAACCCGCCUCCUACGCCCAUCUUGACGGCCGCCCAAGUUAUCAGUCUUACCCGCGAGGCAAUGCGACAUGCCCUCGAGAAUGAAAGCCAAGCCGUCGACGUCGGCCCCGGCCUCAAGUCGGGCGUUACCAUCGAUCUGAGCCGUAAAGGCAUACAAAAGCUCCCCGAAGAGGUGGUUGAUAUAGUCAAGAAUGAGCUGGAACGGCUCGCCCUAUCACACAACCAGCUUUCGUCUUUGCCCGCCCGCUUUGCCGAGUGUGUUUCGCUUCGAUACCUCAACAUUAGAGGCAACCAGAUCAAAGAAUUUCCCUUGCCUCUUUGUGAGCUCAAAUCUCUCGAAAUCCUUGACCUCGGCCGUAAUCAGCUACGAGUUUUGCCGCCCGACAUUGCAAGGCUUACGUCCCUCAAAGUUCUUUCGAUCCCAAAGAACCAGAUCCGGGAAUUGCCCGUUUGCCUAGCCGAAAUGGCCUCGCUCCAAGUCCUCAAAUUUGAAGGGAACCCUAUCAGCUUUCCUCCACGGGAUGCGCUGCAAAUACCCUCUCCAAGUCCUUCCGGUGAAGGCUCUGGAAGAGAGGGCGAGGUGACAGAGGUGGCUAUUACGGCUCAUAUUAAGAAGUUUAUGAAGUUGCAUGUCAUUAGUGGUCGUGACGCGGAGGCGACUGGCGACGAAUCUAGCGAAGGCACUGACACUCCGCGGAUGCCUCUCCGUCGCAUGCCAAGUGGGCGAUUCCCCAUCAAAGUGAGCAACUCUGAUGUGACGGACAUGCGGAUACCUAGCAUUGGAGCGCGACCCCCUCCCCCCAUCCCCUCGCGAUCGCAUUAUCGAGGCCUAUCACAGCAAAGCACCACCACCCGUCGUCCUGGCGUUAUGCCCUUGACCAUUGGAAAUAUCAACGAGCGUGGACGGAGCAACUCCGAAACUUUGAUGCACUCGGAGAGAUCCAGUAGUCGUCAGCGUCGCAUGGGAAUACUCGCAAAGAAGGCGCCGUCAGAUUUGGGCACGCUCGACGAGGUCGAGGGCAGCAAUAGAUGGAGUCACUACCGAGGGCUAAGCCACGGCUCUGCCAUGCAGGGAACUCAGGCUGCGCCGUCCAAGAGCCCAGCAACACCUACCGACUCUCUACAGCGACCAGUCUACGUACGAAGGCUUUCCGUCCUCCCCGAGCGCCGUCGGGAGUCUAAAAUCUUCGACCCCGUCAUCGAAGCUGCCAAGGGCAUUCUCUAUUCAGUGUUUCAAAUUCACCCCAUGAUCCAGAUGCUCAUGACCCUGACGAACGAUGGCUCGGCAAAACGCUCGAGUCUCGAAAUCGUUUUCUACAACACCAACUCUCACGUCGAAGAACUGGAACAGGAAAUCCAGAAGCAUGACAUGGCAGUGGCGGAGGACGAUGAGCCGCCGUUCGGAGACAAUGCCAAUGUUCACCGCGCCUGCCAGACUCUGGUCGGGGCGUAUGGCCACGUCUGCACUCUAUUGGCCGAUAACAUCGAUACUUUUGUCAACAAUGGAGAUGCUCGUUAUAUCCGGACGCUCCUGAUGUUGAUAUAUAACAGUAUCAUGGAGCUUCGUGUCACUCUGUCUUCCGUGUCUAUGGAACACAGCAAGCAUAGUCUUCCCACUUUGGAAGCCCCCGAUAACGGCAACACCAUUAAACCUUACUUCCGUGAGGUAGCUGCGGCUGUUCCUGCGGCUGUUCCCGCAGCUCAGAAGCCAGCUCCCCCUCGGAAUCGCAGCGGUCCCAUUAUGCAUAACCCAAGCAACCUCAGGGUGGCCACCGACAUACCCGUUCCGUAUAAUAACGGAGGCAGUCGCACUGCAAGACUUGCAUCGGCGACGCCCAGGUCCAACGACUCGUUCCCGUCAUCGUUUGGGCGCGAUAUCAGCUCCGACUUUUCCGAGGAAGAUGCCCAGUUCGACAAGAUAUACUUGGCUUUGCAAAGGUCAACAGAUGUCGUUCUUCACAUCUUGCCCAACUUUAAUGUUCAGUUGACGGGAGGUAUCCGAAACGCUAUGCAACAGCGAGCCCCGAGUGCCAUGAUACGAGAUUGGAAGAAUCUCAUUGCCAUGUGUAAUGACGCUAUUCAACAAACGGAGAUUUUGAAGAACCGAUUAUCUCUCAUCAAGCUGAAGGACCCAGGAGUGCGGUCUCACGCAGGAUUUUGGAGCCUUUGCAGCAAUUUUAUCUCGGCCUGGACAAAAAUGGCUUCUAAGAUCAAGUCGGAGAUUAAUGCCAUUCCUCUGCCGCCUGACACUAGAGCUCGAUUGCGGCCCAUCCAUCAAAGCAUGAAGGAGACGAGCAUCAUUAUCAUGAACUCUCCCUGGAAUUAUAUCCUGAGACCAGCCGGCGGUCCGCCGGGGUCCUUUCCACCAGGCGUUCUAUCGCCAACCACGCCGCAGGUCCCAAUAACGCCUCAAAGCGCAGCCCUAGGCCCGGCCAUGCAAGCCACGGUUGCCACGCCGCAGACGGGAUCGUUUGCGGCGGUUUUCCAGGGCAACGUCUUUGAUCGCGCGGAUACACUCAUGGCCAACCCUGGCAUCUCCAUGUCUCGCACCGGCACCAUGUCACGGGGCCACUCUGGAUUCAACUCGCUGUCGUCGAUUUCGUCCAUGUCAUCAGAUGGCGUGCCGACACCAUCCUCGGCCUUUAGUCCUAGUGUUCAACUAGGAUCCGCGCCAUUUCGUAUGAAUGGAGGGAAAGUAGCUCUUUGA